AUAAAGAAAUAUUCACUUAAGCAAAGCACAUUACUUUCAUACAGUCUUGUACGAAAGAGCAAACUGGGUAUUUUAACAUGAAAUUCAGAAUAAUUGCAAUUAUUUGCUUUACGUGUGGAGUGUAUGCGUCAAGUUCUGGAGAGUCAUGCGACAUACCAUUAACCCUGACUCACGUUAGAUUUCCGGAAAGAAAUGAGUUAUUGUCACUACAAUACUUUGAAAACAAUGUAAUUGGUACCGGGCUAGGACAAGUGUACCUCGCACUUCCUGUGGACCCUCCGUUCAUUCCAGAUUCGAAUUUUCAAUGCACAAUAACAAAACUCGGCGAGAACUUAUACUGGCGAAGUUGCACUGGGGGACAAGCUCCACAAUGCUUUCAAUUAAAUAUAUCUCUAUCCACCGAGCCAGGAACGGACUCAGCUAUGUUUACCUAUGUGUCUGGGAGCGGAAGUAAUAUAACUGAAGCAUACUGGUCUCGCUGUCCGACGAAGUUUAUUUGGAGAAUACGGUGUACAAACUAUGCCGGUAAUACAGAGUGUCCACCAAGCAACACCUGGCUAAGUUUUUUCCUACGUGACUCGAUAACUCCUAGUACAGUUCCACUAAAUGACAUUGCCGAGGAUCUGUGGAUAACAACAGGCGUAAAAUUUGGACUUGUUGAUGGACUUGAAUGGUAUUUCAUAGGGUUGGAAGACGAACCCUGUCAAGUGUAGAGGAUGGUAUACGUGAACGAGAUCAUACGUUUCUCAUUUGAAAUAUUUUUUCUCGUAUGGUACUGAAUAUUCCAAAUAAAUUUGUGUGCAAAAUAAU